GACAGUGAUGGGCACAGACGGGGACAGACUGAACCAGUGCUGGUUGAAUGAGGACUGCUGUCACCUCAGGUAAACAUACAGUAUGUAAUGACUGUACCAUGUCUGGCACGCAGGGGUCAUGGUGGAAACUCUGGCCAAACUGUGGCAGUAAAGCAGAAACUGUGAAUAAUAAAGAUCUUAACGGGAGGAUUCGUCGAGCUCAUAACACAUUUAAAGGGUUUGUGGUGAAAUGAGCGCUUCGGGGGGGUCUGGUGACAUGUGUGUGCAGCAUUGAGUGUAUAAAUCCCAGCCUGGUCCCCGGGUGGCUGAAUAGAGUAGAACAAUCCAGCAGCAGCAGCGGCAGCAGCGACAGGAUCGACCCGGACACAGCUUCGCUGUUAGCAGACAACUCUCGCACCCUGGCGGCCUGACAGUCGCUUUAAAUGGACGGAGCCUCCCCAGCGCUGGACGAUGUGAGCGGCUGAGAGCAGCGGCUCGGUGAGGACUGUCACAAACACAUGACAGCCAACUUCAGCUGCGGGGAGAGGCGCGCCAUGGCAUCCCAGCCGAGUGUAUACAACGAAGAAAGGCACCUUCUUCGUCUCCGAGCAUGGAAACUGAGGAACCAAGAAGCCAGCCAAGCCAAAGAACUCAACCCUGAGAAUGUGCCUCUCUUUGGGGAACCAUACAAGACAAACAAAGGGGACGAGCUUUCCAAUCGGAUCCAGAGGAUGCUGGGCAGUUACGAAGAUGUGAACAAUCCAUGUCCCCUCACCAUCGAGCCUUCAUCCAUUCCUAGUUAUGUAACCGUCUCGCAGUCAGAUCAGGGUCAGACAAACACCGAUAAAUCAACCAAAGGUCCAUUCCACAACCAAAUCCAUUACAUGUCAACCUUAAACCAGAAAUGCCCCUCUAGUAGCAGUUACUCCUCCCAGCCUAUGACGAUGUCCGCAUCGUCUUCUCCACACGGACAUGGACAUUCAUCCACUGUCUUAAAGACUUCCUCGAACCACAGUCAUCCUGGAAACUCGGGGCAUCAACAGAAGAAGAGUGAAGUCUUCUCAGAUGUCAGGGUACAUGUCAGCCUUCCCCAGGAAAUGUCUGCUUUGUCUCCUGAUGUUAAGCCGCAAGCGUUCCUACAUUCCAGUAACGACAACAACACUGACACUGACACUAAGGAUACCUUCGAUAGACAUCAGCAUCAGGAGUUCUCAGAUCACCCAUCUGAGUCCACCAGCACCAUGGACUUUACCACGCUGAACAUUAAGCUGUCCCCUAAAGAUGUAGCUCUGACUCAAGCCACCAAAACAAACGCACUACCCUCCCAGACCUUCCCCCCACUCCUGUCGUGUAAGCAGCCCAGCGUAGUCAUGACCCAGAAGCCAACAGCCUAUGUGCGGCCCAUGGAUGGUCAGGACCAGGUGCUCAGUGAUUCGCCUGAGCUGAAACCUUCGCCAGAGCCAUAUGCACCAUUGUUAAUCAGCAAGUCCAACCCGGGGAAAAUAAUGAUACUGCCACAGUUCUUGGAGACAAGGACAAAUGAAGCUCAGUGUGUUGAGGACAUCUUGAGGGAAAUGACCCACUCGUGGCCUCCUCUUCUGACAGAUAUACCCACAACAAGCAUAGACAAACCCUCCAAAUCCCUGUUCUCAGCCAAGGAAGCAGUGCACGUCUCUUCAUGCCUGGGACAAAAAAGUUGUCUCUCUCCUCCUCCUCCUACUCCUCCUACUCCUCCUCCUCCUCCUCUUUCUCCUCCUACAGAUCCACUGCAGCUCAACCAGCAGAGCGCCUUAUCCCUCAAAGCUGCGGCACAUUCCAGCGGGGUAGAGUCAGCCAGCUCUAGCGACUCAGAGAGCAGCUCAAGAUCAGAGUCGGACAGUGAAAGCACCACAGGAGAGCCCCCACUGAGCAGCACAGUUAAAACUGAGCCUGAAGCUCCAGCGGUGAGCCAUGGUGACUGGCAGUUGGGGAACUGGAUCAGGUCCAACCAACAGAGCUCGAGCACCGACUGUCAAGGUGGUACCCAUGUCUCUGAGAGCCCCUCUCACAAACGGCUGUUGCCCACUCAAAGCUCCAAGCACUCCAGCGUAGAAGUGGUCGACCCCACCAGGGAUUCUAAGCCUCAGCUUCCUACUCACCAAAAUGAGCUUGGUGACAACCAUGCAAAACUCCAGCAGUGCAGAGAAAGCCAUCAGGACAACCAUCACCAGCAGAGUAGCAAAAAAUGCCCUCCUGCUGAUUUCAGGAGACCGUCAUGCAAGACGCACUCCUUGAAGCCAGCGAAGGAGGGCGGCCAGGAUCCCAGUGAAGCAGCUGUCAGUGUUAAGUGUGAGGACGUCGUAGCCACAAGAGACAAAGACCUGUGUUUCACAGACAGGCCCAAGGUAAAGACGAAAACAAGACACUGCAAGAAAAGCAAGGAUGGGGACUCUAAACAUGACAGUAAAAGGACUUCUAAACACAUGUCUCUUGACAAGCGGAAGGUCGGAUCCGAGCCUCAAGUCAAGGUGGUUCUGAAAAGUCUUUGUCCAUCUUGUGGGGUGAAAUAUCCCAACCCUUGCUCCUGCCCCACACAGACUCCUGCUCAGCCUGAAGAGCCGUCUCCCGACCAACCAGUAAAAAUCCCCUGUAGCAAACCCAAGGCAGAGACUAUCUGCCAGAAGGGAAACAAGAGACCUCCAAAAACAUCCCAAAAACACUCAGAGAAGAGAGCGCAAACAGCCAAUGGUUCUCAGGACCUCCACAGGCCUCCUAGAUCCCUACUGGUGAGGAUCGAUCUAAGUCUGCUCUCAAGGGUCCCCCAGACAUCCGGCAACGAGCAGAAGAUACCCAGCAACGCAAAGAGAUCAGCGCUGGUUGUCGAGCCAGACGGAGGGGGCGGUGAUGUCUCUAUAACACACAAACCCAGCAAAAGCAGCAAAAAAAGCACAACUUCAAAUGUUGAGGGAGACAAUAAAAAUCUACCCAGGAAGAAAAGGCGGCUGGAAAACAAGAAUACCUCUUCAGCUCAUGCUUCUAUCAAAAUGGAAAGCUCCAGCAAUCCAGCGGCGGAUCGGGAGACAAAGAAGGCCAAGAAGAAGCCUGUGUUGACAACACUCAAAGACUCGGCUAAAGACUCAAAGUUACACAAGCGCUGCUCUGCGGAGACUCUGGAGUCCAGUAAGGAGGCCGCAAAGAGCAAGGACUCCGGCAAGCACAAGAAGAGGAGUGAAAAACACACAGAGCGCCUCCACUCUGAAAAGCUAAAGCCUCCAAAGUUCUGCCCCACGGUCCCAUCGUCUUCACAGUCCAACCAGGCAGUUUUGAUCAAUAGGCCCUUGCUCAGGUUUGAGGACAGGCCGUAUCCAGUGAAGCAAUCCAUAAAGGAGGCAAAACGACUGAAGCACAUAGCAGACGCAGAGUCAGAUAAGCUCAGUAAAGCUUUCAACUACCUGGAUGCUGUCAUGUACUUUGUUGAAAGUGGCAUUGCUAUGGAAAAAGAUCCACAGAUUUCAAUGUCUUCCUACACCAUGUUUGAAGAGACAGUCGAUCUCCUCAAGUUUAUCCUGAAACUUAAAAACACAGUGGACCCCUCUGCCCCGCCCUCAGAAAAGGACUUUUUAGUUUUAUGUUUGAAGUGCCAGUCUCUCCUGCAGAUGGCCAUGUUUCGCCACAAAUACAAAACUGCACUCAAGUAUUCAAAGACACUGACUGAUCACUUCACUAAUUCAGCUCAGGCAACACAUGAUCCUCCUGUCUUCCCAGCAAAUGCUGCAGACACCCCGUCCCCGAUGCCUGACAUGCCGUCUCCUGCCAGCACAUCCACAAGCUCAGGUCCCGGCUCCAACCACAGUGGCAGCGGGUCGACAGCGGGCCCCGUCAGUGGCAUGGUGGCGGUUCCCCAGGCUAUAGAACAAGUAGCAUUCACCUACGUCAAAAUCACCUCGUUAUUCGUAAGCGCUCAUGACCUCUGGGAGCAGGCGGAGGUGCAGGCAAAUAAAGGCAGCGGUUUGCUGACGGCGCUGGACACGGUUAUGGGCCCGCUGAGUCUAACUUCAACUCUGAACACUAUGGUCCGAUAUACACGACAGGGCAUCUACUGGCUGAGGCUGGACAGCCAAAAGGUAAAGUGACCAACAGCCUGCUCCCCCUGCUGGACACCUGCAACCCCCCCCCUGCCUCCACUUCACUUCAGUGUGCUUCACCGUGAUCCCCACCUGAACUGUCCCUCAGGCGUCUUUUUCCUUUACUUCACAAGGACGUCUCUUUACAAACACAUGGAUGUCAUCUCAUGUUUGUUUUUAAGGCUGGUUUUGGAAGUUUUUUCCCAGCAAGGAAUACACAACACUGACCAUUGCACUCGUAAUUUAUUCUUUUCUCUCAUGUUCACUUUUGGAGUCUCUUUAUUUCUCUCUGUGAUCUACACAUUUCAUGUCUCGGAAGGUUUGACGUUCCUCCAUGUUCCUCUGUCAGCUGAUGUCAUAGAAAUGUCAGGGCUUCAUUCAAGAGUGACCUUAACUAGAUCUGGACUGAAAUGAUCAGAUUAACUAAAAGUGCCAUUUGGUGGUGGUGGUGGAAGCACUGUAACUGAUCUGAAAUAUUCCUAUCAUCACAUUUGACAACCUGAAUAAUACGAAAAACUAUAGGCACUUAGAUCAUUGUUCAUUGUUUUGAUUCAUCACUUCGCAGUUUCGGCAACAAAUUUAGUUUUAUUUCUCUUAAAAAGAGAUUUAAGUUUCCCUGUUCCAGUCUGAAAGAUUGUUUGAUUUUGGUCACAGGGAGUCUGUAGUUUUUAUAGUCAACAUUUCUUUCUCCCACACAUCUGGAUCCUUGUGUAUGAGACUCAUGAGAAACCCAGUGUGCAUGUCACUUUUCUUUAAGUCAAAUUUCAUGAAGUUGGUUGCAAAAGCACCAAAGUGUAACUUUAAAUCAGCAUUAAGUUUAUUCAUUUCAGCUCGUUCCUUGUUUGCGUCAAAUUGUCAAUAUUUUCAAUGCCGUCACAUUUCUUGUGCAAUAAUAAUAAGUGCAUUAAUAACCAUGAACUAAAAAAAGUGCCAUACUGGUGAUGAGACAUAAGAUGAAAUGCAUUCACUGCAUGUAGGUUGGAUUAUGUGCAGAUUAAUGAGACAAAGAUCAAUCUGGACACAGUCGAAUCAAACAGAGCAGGGAAGCCUCCUUUUUAAUUUAGGUCAUUUGAGUAACCAUUGUUGUUUUAGGUCUGACCUCUUUGCUCCUGAAUGAAAUGUGUUAACCUCGUGUCUCUCGUGCGUGUCGGAGCGACUGAUGGUAGGAAACCUCUGAGACGUGAGAGACCGGCGACCCGUGUUGCAGAUGCUCUUUCUGGCUGUUGCACUGUCGGUUGGUAAUGACUGAGGGUGACUUAUUUGUCCAUCCAAAGCUGACUUGAUUUUAUUCUCAUCAUCUUGUUACAGAAUUUGCACUUGUGCCCUUUUUUUCAAAGUUAGACAAGCAUAGAAGAAAAGUCUCCAUCUUAAAGGACAGGUUCCUUUUUUGUGUGUUUUGUCCUAAAAACGAUUUUCACAUCUUUCCUCCUGUCCACACUGUCUGUGAAGAGAUCCAUUCUAAAGGGGAAGAUAAACUCCAAAGUUAAUCCUAAGCUAUUAUGAGGCUUGAGCAGCCGGAGUCCAACAAACCAGGGAGGGCAUUUUGUAAAGUUAGACCUCAUAGACCAGAAAUAAAGAUGGUCGUCUCCACUUUCUCCCAUUUACAGGAAUGAGAGGCUUCGCAUAGAGAUCAACUUUGGUGAACUUUGACCUACGAUAUACACUUUGCAUUCACGAAUGUGUGACUGUGCCAUAGGAAGGAUUCUCUCCUCAGUCAGUAUGAACAGAGGAGAUUACAGCAACCAAUAACUCACUUCAGUUUACACAUGGGCAUGUUGGUAUUGUUUAAAUAUAGAAUUCAAAAACUUUGAACCUGGCCUUUAAGCACAGAUGUGUCUUACAACAACUCAACUUUCCAGAAGCCCAAAAAAACGGAAUCAUUUGACAUCCCUGACUUUCCGUACGUACAGUUGUGGAUUUAAUGGUUUUAAUUGGCUGCGUUUAUCAUGGACGACCACAAUCAUAUAACUGAUAAGAAACUACAUUUGUGUUCCCUUGUUUGUUUUUGCACUAGUAGGCUGCUUCCCUACAUGUUUCCUACACUAAAGUUGAGAAGAAAAAAUGGCCAACUGUAGCUUAUUUAAAAAAAUAUAUAUAAAAAAAAAGAAACACUUUUGUGAGUAUUUGUAAUUAAUUUCAUUUGUACAGAAAAACCCCACGUUCCCCGAGACCGGCAGGACUGUGUUAGUCUUUACUCUCUGUUUGUUGUAUCUUGAUUCUAAGCAAUAAAGUAUGAGUUUCUUUAGCUCAAAGUUUGAAUCAGUGGAUGUCAUGCUGUAGUUAUCGUCGGGUCUCAUUGAUUCACUGGGGGGGUUUAAAAAUAAUCAGUAUGAAAUCAAUUAUUCGAGAAAGGAAACAUUGGUUUAGCUUAGCGCAUUCAAAUAUCGCAUUUCUUGAAAUUAGCCUCCUGAGGUUGGGAGAUUUAGUUGCCUGUUGACUCAGUUCAUGUGCGUCCAUGUAAUUAUUGGCUAAAAAGGGCUGAACAAGGACCACAAAGUGUUCCUAGAUUUAUUUUUCCUCAUAUUCACGAUUAUUUUUACCAUAUGCCACGGAAGGAGGGAUUAUGUUUACAUACAUAUGAUGACAUAUUGUCUUGAUCUUUACACUGCACAAGAAGUGAAAACGCAAAACCCUGGCAUUCGACAUUCAUGACUAGUGCAAUCUGUUUUUUUGUUUUUUUUUAUGUUCCUGGGUCUUGUCUUUCCAACCUGUGUCUUUGUUUUCAUCACCGGGUGUCGGUGCUUCAUUUCUGAAUUUCUCUGAAAACAAGUUUACACUUCUUGUCCAAAUAAUCAUUUACUGGAAAAAAUGAUCACGUAGGUUUUUGAAGGAUGCUUUUUUUCCUUUUUUGUGAAAUAUGUAAAGAAUUUGUGUUGCAGUGUACACAGAUGAAUUAAACACUGGAAAUGAA